CACUCCGCUCCACCCUCUGCGUUAGGAUUAACGUUAAUGUUACACUGUUGUGAAAGAGAGCUUCUACUACCAGCUGCUUCAUGCAAACCACCGACUGCAGGUUCGCAGCCACGGUCUUGGUCUCAAUCACCUAUUCCGACUGCUAACAUUACGAGAAAAUGCAUCAUUAGUGAGCUUUGUUUCAAUUUUCCAAAUGACAGCGACAAGGCCACAGUGAGGGGUUUGGGUGAGGCUACAACGGAUGGAGGCGGUGGCUCUUUUCUCUUUCGCAGCAUCAGAAGCAGACGAGAUCAGUUUUCAGAAAGGGGACAUUAUCAAGGUGACAGAAAUGGAGGAUGAUUCUUGCUGGGUCACAGCAGAGAUCCAGGGGAAGCGUGGCUAUGUGCCAGAGAACUACAUUUCCCUCCUUCCAUAUCCGUGGUUUGCAGGACGGGUGUCAAGACUUGAUGCUGAAAAGCGCCUGUGCUGGCAGGAGACUGGAGUGUUCCUGGUGAGGGAGAGUGAAUCAGCUCCCGGAGAGUUUUCGGUCUCUGUUAGCUACGGAGAGAGGGUGGAACAUUUCCGGGUGCUGGAGGGGGGCGGUCAGUACUGCAUCUGGGACGAGUCGUUUUGCUCCCUCAACCGUUUGGUGGAUUACUACAGAACUCACAGCAUCGGCGUGGAAAAAGUGGUCUACCUCAGAGACCCUCCUAAACCCCGUCUGGCUCACGCCCUCUGUGAUUACACCCCCCCUCAGACCGCCCACCUCCACUUCCUGCGUGGUGACAUCAUCGACCUGCUGGACUGCUCGAGCUCACGGACCUGGAGAGGGCGCUGUCGAGGCCGAGUGGGAAUCUUUCCACCAGAAUUUGUCCAGCCGCUGUAUCACUGACACUUAUCGGUCACGCUGUAGGGACUUACCUUUCUUAUACAAUGA